AUGACGGUCGGCCCGGGUCGCGUUGUGCAAAUGGACGUGAUCCAUGACGAGGACGCCAAAACCGCCAUGACAAUCAUUGGGGACGUAUCCCAAUACGUAAACGGGAUACAGACCGUCAACCUGCACGACUACAACACGGGCUAUGGUGUCUUGAAGAAUAUCAACAAGAAAAUAUGUCUUCUAGCGCUGGCGUUGAUUCCGAUGCAACCGUCGUGGAAAUACAGAAUGGGUAUAACAAAUGAAGUACAUCACCACUACAUGAACAUUAAUCAAACAAAAAUGACAAAUGAGGAAGUCUUGACUCUUGCUGGACCAAACAUAGCAACAUUCUGCCACGAUUAUGGAACGUACUAUGCAGUUGCCACACCAGUCGCUAACGUCAAGAGAGAUACUGCAGGUACCCCAGCGACACUGGACAGUUUUUGUUUUCUCUCAUUUUGUAUCACCGACCAGCUCGAGUACGGAAAAUUGUCGGCUUAGGGUAUCAUCCCUGCAGAACAAGAAGAAUUCAAGAAAUCUGUUCUUUUACUCUGUUUUGUGUUUUUCUGCAUACAAUAAC